CAUGAAGACGAUCGUCAUUGCACGAUCAAAAUUCAGACCCCCGGGCACCCACCAAGAAAGCAAAGCAAGGGGGGAGACGAUGGCUCAGUCCGAUGAACUCGAAGCUCUCACCAGAGCCUUCUCAGGACACGGAGUUGAUGAGAGGACGCUGAUCGCGGUGCUGGGGAAGUCGCACCCCGAGAAGAGGAAAUCCUUCAGGAAGGGGAACCCGCACUUCUUCAAAGAGGAUGAGAGGAGCUUCGAGAGGUGGGAUGAUCACAGGAUCAAGCUCCUCAAGCGCGAAUUCAUGCGAUUCAAGAAUGCCGUGGUGCUCUGGGCCAUGCAUCCUUGGGAAAGAGAUGCGCGUCUCAUGAAGGAAGCCUUGAUAGAAGGUCCAGAUUCUUAUAAUGUCCUUAUAGAGGUCGCCUGCACGAGAUCGUCGGAAGAGCUGCUGGGAGCAAGAAGGGCUUACCACUCCCUCUUUGAGCACUCGAUCGAGGAAGACAUCGCUUCCCAAGUCCAUGGCCCCGAUUGCAAGCUACUAGUGGCACUAGUCAGUGCAUAUCGAUAUGAAGGGUCAAAUCUAAAGGAAGAUACUGCGAAAUCCGAGGCAAAGAUUCUUUUGAAUGCCAUCAAGAGCGGCGAAAAGAAGACCCAGGAUGAAGAGGUCAUAAGAAUACUAACGACGAGAAGCAAGCCCCAUCUCAAGGCAGUCUAUAAAUAUUACCAGGAGAUCGGCGGCAGUAACCUUGAUGAAGAUCUUAAAUCUGACUCAAGACUACAAGAGACGGUGCAAUGCCUGUGCACUCCUGAAAAAUAUUUCAGCCAGGUUUUGGAUUUGGCAUUAAGACCUGAUGCAGACAAAAGUACGAAGAAGGCAGUGACUAGAGUAAUCGUCACCCGAGCCGAUGUUGAUGUAAAGGAGAUCGAUGAAGAGUUCAGCAAGAUGUACGGAGUUCACUUGUCCAAAAAGAUUGAGGAUACAGCUAAUGGGAACUACAAGGAAUUCUUGCUCACCUUGAUAGCUAAAGGAGACUGAUCCUGAUAAAAAGAAAUCUACUGGAUUGAUUGAGAAUGACUCGACUUUUGAGUCCUGAGAUGUCGAUGUGGUCGGGAUGUUCCCCGAUUUUGCUUUGUUCCCUUCUUGUGCUUCCUUGUGCUUGUACCUGUCUUUUGUAACCUGAUGAAGAGCCUAAUAAAGUCCGGAGCCGGAAACCCUUUGA